GGGCGGGAGCCGUCCCACAUUCCGCACGGAAACCUCUCCUCUUCAACUCAGUCCCCGCGUUGGGCCCACAGCGGCCGCUCCGCUGCCCUCAGCGCUCUCGCCUCAGCCGUGGUAAGAACCCACCUGUGCUGCAGGACAAAGUCUCUCACUGCAGGGUUGGGUACAUCCAGUGGACACCUUCCCGUACCCUCAUUUUACAGAGGGGUGAUGCCUCACACGAAGCCUUUUGAGCACUUUGUCCCGUUUAGGUGGGUGAUUCCACGCCAGGAGGUUUGGGAAAUGCCCGAGGUACAGAGUGACCAGCAGCUGGAUUGUGCCUUGGAUUUGAUGAGGCGUCUGCCUCCACAGCAGAUAGAGAAGAAUCUCAGUGACCUCAUUGACUUGGUCCCGAGCCUGUGUGAAGAUCUCCUCUCCUCUGUGGAUCAGCCCUUGAAGAUUGCACGAGACAAGGUGGUAGGAAAAGACUAUUUACUGUGUGACUACAACAGAGAUGGCGACUCGUACAGGUCUCCAUGGAGCAACAAAUACGACCCUCCCCUGGAGGAUGGUGCCAUGCCAUCGGCUCGCCUGCGCAAGCUGGAGGUGGAAGCCAACAAUGCCUUUGACCAGUACAGAGACUUGUAUUUUGAAGGUGGAGUCUCCUCUGUCUACCUCUGGGAUCUGGAUCAUGGUUUUGCCGGAGUGAUCCUCAUUAAGAAAGCUGGAGAUGGAUCAAAGAAGAUUAAGGGAUGCUGGGAUUCUAUCCACGUGGUGGAGGUUCAGGAGAAAUCCAGUGGCCGUACUGCUCAUUACAAGCUGACCUCCACAGUGAUGCUGUGGCUGCAGACUAAUAAAACUGGUUCUGGUACCAUGAACCUGGGAGGGAGCCUUACCAGACAGAUGGAGAAGGAUGAGACUGUGAGUGACUCCUCGCCCCACAUAGCCAACAUCGGGCGCUUGGUAGAGGACAUGGAAAACAAAAUCAGAAGUACACUGAAUGAGAUUUAUUUUGGAAAAACAAAGGACAUCGUUAAUGGGCUGAGAUCUAUCGAUGCUAUUCCUGACAACCAAAAGUAUAAGCAGUUGCAGAGGGAACUUUCUCAAGUGUUGACCCAGCGCCAGAUCUACAUCCAGCCUGAUAACUAAACCAAUCCAGGUCUGUGCAGACUUUUGCAGACAAAUCAAAACAAGAAGCUCUUAAAAAUGACCUGGUGGAGGCUUUGAAGAGAAAGCAGCAAAGUUAAAAUCCUCUCCGUGCUAACCAGACAUGCCAUGCACUCGUUAGAUUCCUUUGGUAGAGAACUCAUCCCCCCUGCCCUUUUCUGUUCCGUCACAUCACGAUUUGCAUCCAAUACUCUCCAUGCAACGCCAUCUUCUCCCCAUGAAUAAAGCUGUACAAACUUU